AUGAGCGAUGAUGGGGCCGUGUCAAACGCUUCCGGUAACAAUGGGGGUGAGGGGGUGGAUACCUUGGGAGAGGAAGAUCGCAGGACUGUGGAGUUUAGGGAACACUACAAGAGGAGUGAAGCAUUAUUGAUGGCUGCAAUGGGUGAUGGCGAUGCGAAAAUUACCUCUGCCGACGCGCUCUUUGAUGAUGAUCCGGCGCAUUCCUUUGCGACAGUGGCCGCCGAGGCCGCACCCCCGACCGCGCCUCCGAAGAAGCCUGCGCGAACGAUUGACGAAGACGACUACGGAGACGACGAUGACGAUGAUGAAGACAACGAAUCCAACGCGUCUCCCCUCAAAUCAAAAGGCGCGGCCGCCGUCGGAAGUGUUUCCGCCCCCGACAAACACAAAUAUUCCAAUAUCACGCGGCCCAACACUGAUGGCGCAAAGCCAGAACCACCAAAGACUACUGAUGAAGUGCGCAAAAAGCUGGAGCAAGAUAAAAAAGCGACCGAAGACGCUGCUCGACGAAGCUUCCACACCACCUUCUACACCUACGAGACUGAUCGCGAUGCGAUGUUGGAACAACAGAAGCUUGACGAACUUGAUCGUCAAGUGGAAGCUGAAACUGGUCCAGGUCAGGCACAAGGUCAGAAUCAGAAGAAUGGCGCUGCCCCCCCAAAUCAACCAGGUACCCUGAGCGGGACAAAUCUUGGCGGUUCGGUGAACCUUACGCUUAAGCACUUGAUCGCACGAAUCGACCAGAAACGGAACAUGGUAAAUGCAACAGAUACACAGCUGAGAACCUUGAUGAGUGAGGUGCGCAAGAAUCGUAGCAAAUGGGCGAACGAGGAUAAGGUCGGACAAGAAGAGCUAUACGAGUCAAUGGAGAAAGUCUUGAUGGAGCUCAAAGCCAUGACCGAACAUGCAGGGCCUUUCUUGCAGAAGGUGAAUAAGCGGGAUGCCCCGGACUACCACCAGAUCAUCAAACACCCCAUGGACAUUGGUACCAUGUUGAAGAAACUCAAAGGCUUGCAGUACAAAUCAAAGAAAGAGUUCGUAGACGAUUUGAUGCUCAUCUGGUCCAAUUGCCUCAAGUACAACGGCGAGCCCACGCAUUUCCUCCGCAAGAAAGCGCUUCACAUGAAGAAAGAGACUGAUAAACUUGUCCCCUUGAUACCGGACAUCGUGGUCAGGGACCGUGCCGAAAUGGAAGCAGAAGAAAGACGCACGCAGAAUGGAGAUAUUGGUGAGCCGGAGGACAGUGAAGAUGAGGAACCAAUUAUGGCAUCACGAGGCCGAAAAGCGCCAAGCAAGAGUAACAAAAGCUCAUCGGCUGCCCGCAAAGCCCCUCCAGCUGGGUCUGAGGGUACACCGGGAGCCGAUACAAAGCCUCCUGGGCCUGUCCUCAACAAUGCUGCCUCUAACCUAAAGAAUGAAUUUCUUCGCGCUGAUUCCGAUGCGCCACUUGAGGGCAGCAUUAAUGGCUUUUCAACGCCUCCACCCGGCAGCGUUACGCCUUUUGGUGCGAACGGUGUACCAGGUAGCAAUGCCCCUGGUAGUCAAGUAGACUUCUCAGAGCUCGACGGCGCUGGAACCAACAUGGCUGGCCUAGGGGUAGUCGAGGAUGCGGAUGACAACGAUCUUGAAUACAAGACCUGGAAGCUUAUAACUAAGAAGGAUCGUGCACGAAUUGCAUCGGAGCGCCACCGUCGCUUCAAGGGAGAUGCCCUCGAUCCAGAGCAGCCUGCGAUCCUACGAAGCAAAGCUGGUAUGAGACGCUGGCUGCGUCGUCGAAAGCAAGCCGAAGACGACAAGUAUCUAGAUCCAUCAGCUGGACCCGAUGGUAAAGACGGAGCGCCUGCUGCCGCCGAGACUUUGGCUGAAGGAAUCGAAGAAGAAGAUGAUCGUGACCUUCCCGACUACUAUGAUCCAGUGUGCGCAAUCCCGGACGUCAACCCUAGGCUCAGAUGGGUAGAGGACUCUGAUGGACAGCUUGUUGAGCAGAGUGAAGAUUUUCUUCGUGUCAUUCCGAAAGGUGCUUUCAAAGCCCCCACUGGUCACCUGUCCCAAAAGGUGGAGGACAACAUGCGCCAGAUGCAAGAUACACGUAAAAUCUGUGCCAAGAUUGGUGUAGUGAAGCAGAUGCAACUACAGGCACAGAUGUACCAAAACCAAUUCCAGAAAUAUGAUCCUGUCCCAUUCGUCGAACAAGACGUUGAGCCCAUGGUCGUUACCGAUGACGGCCCAGUCAUGUCUAAGACUACAUGCCGCGCUGCACUCCAGAGGAGCGUCGGAAAAAUCUUCUAUCAUGCAGGCUUCGAAGAAUUCCAGCCAUCUGCAUUGGAAGCUAUCACUGAUAUAGCUAGCAAUUUUUUCAGUCAGUUGGCCACGACGCUGCAGCUAUACGGAGAGUUUCCAAAGGUGCCAGAAGAGCGUCCUACCGGAGACGAGAUAGUAUGGAACAGCAGGUUCACUGAGGAGGAGUCUAUCCUACAUGCUUUAGAUAAAAACGGCAUCGAUAUGGAAGGUCUUGAAUCAUACGUCAAGGACGAUGUCGAAAGACUAGGCACCAAACUGCUGGGCAUGCACGAGCGUAUGAAGUAUCACUUGGCAGAGCUACUUCGCCCUGCUCUUGACAGCAACGCUGGCGCCGACGGAGCAGGUGCAUUUAAUGAUGGGAGCGAGCAGUUUGUCAGUGGAGACUUUGCAGAAGAUUUCGGCGAGGAUUACUUUGGUUUCCGUGAGCUUGGACUUGACCAGGAAUUCGGUCUCGCACAGCUCAGUGUUCCCCUACAUCUUCUCCAGAAUCGCAUGCACCACGCGUACCAGGCCCAACACGCCAAUACGACAACAUCAGUUGGUACGCUCAUGGACGAACCAGCGACGUUCGAGCCUGUCACAACGCAGAGCAUCACUCAAGAAAUUGGCAUCAUACAAGGAUUCUUCCUCAGCAAGCUCCACGACCAUGGAGAUCAACCUCUCGUCGAGGAUGACAAUCUCCCGGCCAAGCAGCGCUUCCCCAAGCCCCGUCUUCCUCCCACCGGCAAGAUCUCAAGUCCGAGGAAACGGCCUAUCAGGGAACAGCAACAGCUUGCUCGCAAGAAAAGGAAGCUAGAAGAAAGCAAAGACGAUGGCAAUGCCAAUGCUGGCUCCAAGCCGAUGCCAACUUCGAUCAAAAAACUUAAGCUUGACCCACCUGCCAACAAAGAUACCGCAGGUGAUCCUGAGAAGGACGACGCUAGCGCAGUUGGCAUGAUGAGUCCUGAAAGUAUCGCUGCAUGA